AUGGAAGUAUUAAUGUUCAGUGCUCAACCAGGGAUGCAUAAUGGCUUCCGUUGGAGAUUAUGUUGCGGUAGUCAUCAUUGUCGACUGAAGCUAGGGUAAGUUG